AUGGCCGCAAGCCCGCAAAGGGAGGUGGGGGAAGGAAGACGGCGCGGGAUCACGGGCUGCUGCUCCCGGUCCCCGGCCGCUCCCGGCUCCCGAGGGCGCGCUCCACCGCCACCUCCCCCGUCUUCUUCCUCCCUCCCAUUCCAAGAUCCAACGCUAACUGCUCCUCCUCCUGCUCGUACUCUGCUCCUCCAGACGGCGCGCCCCGCCAUGCUCGCACCGGCCCUCUCCCUCCCCGCCCCCUCCGCCGCCGCCGCCACGCCGACGCUGCUCCCGGUCUCCUCCUCCUCCUGCGCGCCAGGCAUCGCCGUCCCGCCUCUCGCCGCGCGCCCGAUCUCGCGCCGCGCCGGGUGCGCCCCCGCGCUCCGGACCGCCGCCGCCUCCUCGCCCUUCGCGGUGCCGCGCGCCGUGCCCGAGGGCGGCCCCGCGUCGCCGCUGCUCGCCGUGCCGGUGCCCGACGACGAGGACGCCGACGCCGCCAUGGACGGCGGCGACGGGGGCGAGCAGACCGGCCUCGCGACGCGCCCGGCGGCGGCCGUCGUGGCCCCGCCGCGGCCGCCGCCCGAGCGGGACUUCGCCGGCACGCCCUACGUGCCCGUCUACGUCAUGCUCCCGCUCGGGGUGGUGACCGUGAAGGGCGAGGUGGCGGAGGCGGACGAGCUGGUGGCGCAGCUGCGGGUGCUCAAGGCGGCGGGCGUCGACGGCGUCAUGGUCGACUGCUGGUGGGGCAACGUCGAGGCGCACCGGCCGCAGGAGUACAACUGGGCCGGCUACAAGCGCCUCUUCCACAUCAUCAGGGACCUCAAGCUCAAGCUGCAGGUGGUCAUGUCGUUCCAUGAAUGCGGAGGCAAUGUCGGAGAUGACGUGUCCAUUCCUCUCCCGGAAUGGGUGAUAGAGAUCGGAAAGAGCAACCCGGACAUCUACUUCACCGACAGGGAGGGAAGGCGUAAUACGGAGUGCCUCUCGUGGGGUAUCGAUAAAGAAAGGGUUCUACAAGGCCGAACUGCGGUCGAGGUGUACUUUGACUUCAUGAGAAGCUUCCGAGUAGAAUUUGACGAGUAUUUUGAGGAUGGGAUCAUUUCAGAAAUUGAGGUUGGACUAGGUGCUUGUGGAGAGUUACGGUAUCCAUCUUAUGCAGCAAACCAUGGCUGGAAAUACCCUGGCAUUGGAGAGUUUCAGUGCUAUGACAGGUACUUGCAGAAAAAUCUGAGGAGGGCCGCAGAAGCACGGGGACACGCCAUGUGGGCAAAGUCACCAGACAACGCUGGCCACUAUAAUUCUGAACCAAACAACACUGGAUUCUUCUGUGACGGAGGAGAUUAUGAUAGCUAUUAUGGCCGGUUCUUCCUCAACUGGUACGCCCAGGUGCUGCUGGAUCAUGCGGACCGCGUGCUGAUGCUAGCCAGGUUGGCCUUUGAAGGCUCAGCUAUUGCUGUCAAGGUGUCAGGCAUACACUGGUGGUACAAAACUGCCAGCCAUGCUGCUGAGCUGACUGCUGGGUUCUACAACCCAUGUAACCGCGACGGCUACGCUCCAAUUGCUCAAGUAUUGAAAAAGCAUGGUGCGGCUUUGAACUUCACCUGCGUUGAACUGCGCACCAUGGAUCAGCAUGAGGUGUACCCUGAGGCCUUGGCUGAUCCAGAGGGCUUGGUAUGGCAGGUGCUGAAUGCUGCAUGGGAUGCCGGGAUACAAGUGGCCAGCGAGAACGCUCUGCCUUGCUAUGACAGGGACGGCUUCAACAAGACACUGGAGAACGCCAAGCCGCGGAACGACCCCGAUGGGCGGCACCUGUUCGGGUUCACCUACCUGAGGCUCUGCAGCACCCUCUUCGAGGGACCCAACCUCCCGGAGUUUGAGCGUUUCGUCAAGAGGAUGCACGGCGAAGCGGUUCAUGACCUGAGGGCGUAG